AUGAGAAGCUCUCGCUUCUGUGUCGUCAUGUUUCUCCAGUAUUACCUCAACGAGCAGGGAGACCGGGUCUACACGCUGAAGAAGCUUGACCCUAUGGGACAGCAGACCUGCUCGGCCCACCCUGCUCGGUUCUCCCCAGACGACAAAUACUCUCGACACCGAGUCACCAUCAAGAAACGCUUCAAGGUGCUCAUGACCCAGCAACCGCGCCCCGUCCUCUGA